AUGGCAGGCAACGGCGUAACCGACGAGAUGGGGCUAGAGCUGCGGCCGGAGGAUGGGGAGAUCUUCAAGAUCAAAGCGUAUCAUCUCAAGUCCGGAAGUGCCGUCUUUCGAGACAUGCCCUCUGUCCCGUCACCGUCCUCCCCCAACGCGUCCGAGUCGGCCGGUAACAUCAUCGACAUCCCCGCCGACAAAGCCACUCUCCGCUUGUUCGUCACACUGCUCGAAUCGGGACCCUUGGCGCCCUUCACUUCUCCAUGUACUCCCGUCUAUAUUGGCACUAUGGUCAAGCGCCUCUCAGAAUUCAAACACCAUCCCGAACGAUGCGGCCUGAAGAGGUUGAAUGCCAUCACGGACAUCCUGAAGCGUUUCGACUGCUCGAGCGCACUGCUUGAGCGGGCGCUGUUCCACCUGCGGCCGACAUUCGGCGAGGCCCCCUGGCGUUUCUUCGAGGUGGCGGCGAACUCGAGCGACAUUCAAAACGCGAAAGACGCGAUUCGUCGCUUUCCCGCUGCCCCUCAGUUCACGACGCUGGAGCCGGAGAUGAUGGGAGCAAAGACUGUCAGGUCUAUUCCUUUGGAGUAUUUCUUGGGCUAUCUGCGAGCUGUGGGCGCCCAGAAGAAGGCCAUGAACACGUCGACCGGAGCACACCCCGGCGAGACCCCCAUCGACAUCCCUGCCCACUCCAUCUUCCUCGGCCUCUUCGUCCAGCUACUCGAGGGGCGUCAGCUCACAACCCUCGACGGGGCGAACAGGCUGUAUACAGUGAUCCAUGAGCCGGAGUCUCAGCAGUUCUUCUUCAGAGGAAGUCUCUUCGUCUCGCGAGCGCCGGAUCUGUACGACUGCUCCCUGGCGAUUCGCGAACGGACAAGGGAGUACUUCUCGAAGGAGAUCGAGGCUGACCCGUGGUUGGGAUUCUGCCUUGGCGCCGCCCAAAACUUCUCCGGAGUCGAUACAUUCGAUGCCUUGUCGAACUUCUGGAAAUGCGAGGCGAAGCGACAGGUGGAUCCCGCAACGAUGAAGGUGGUGGAUGUCGAUGCCCUUCUGAUCAGGUGGUAUCUGGGCUAUGCGAGGGCGUAUAACCAAGUCAAGACGGGACCCACGCCCAACCCUGGCCGUGGUCAAACAGACCGGCAGGCUUUCUGGGCGAAAGUUGCGGCCGCGUUCAAGCUGGCGACCGACUAA